GUGCGCGAGUACGAGCGCGUGCGAGAGGCGGACGGGGCAUGGGACGAUCGGGACGCGGAGAUUUUUCGACUUGACGUGCGCGAAUUGGAAGUUUUCUCUCCUCCACGCUCUCGCGGGAUGAGUGAUCGCGCGACGAUGGCGACGUCGACGAGCAGUAGUAUGUACCGGCUGCCACCGGUGUUCGUCCUACCCGCGGACUUUCCGCACUCGAGCUCCAUGCACAGGAUACGAAAUAUGCACGAGGACACCCGCGCCCGGCCCUGCCAUCGCGACGAUGCCGCCAACACCGAAGAAGCCAAGAUGCCCGACGACGCCGUUGAAUCGCAGGUUAUCCGCCUUCUGCAGGCGUCUUUGCCGGAAUACGAGGCGCUGGAAGCUAGGCAAGAGAGAAUUCUUAGCCAACUGGCGGAACUCAAAAAGCAAGUUUCUACACUGUGCCAUUUCUUGAAACAGCCUAAUCAUGUGGAGGGUGCGAAAAAUAUUGCACCAGUUCAGAAACCAGUUGUCGUCAAACUAGUGGUGCACGCAAAUCCGAGAAAGCCGCCGUAUUCGAUACUCGCUUUGCAGAAACUUUGGAGAGACACAAACAUUGAAGUGACAUCGUAUACUCAUUCUACUUUGAAGGACCAAAUAUCUAUAGUUUUUCCUAAAACUGUUAGAUCCUCUAUAAAUGUCAUAGAAUUGACAUUGAUAUGGAAAGAAGUCUCGGACAUGGAAACCGUCGUAAACAUGCGCUCCUGUCCCAUAAGAGGCGAAGUCAAUUUCCUUAGAUUAGUGAGUAGGUUGAUAGAGUCGCGCAAUUACGAGAGCACGUGCUCGCAACCGCAGACACUAGACUUCGCGCUUGACUUCGCCAAUUUCUUACACAGUCAAAAGUGUAUAAAUGAGGGAUUGAUUGCACUAGCCGAUGAAUUUGACAAAUGGUCCUGCAAGGGUGGAUUCAAUAUUGUAGACAUUGCAGUGUGGUCUCUAAUUAAACAAUUCAACAAGACCGACCUACCGCCGGUUCUUCGCAACUGGUUCGCACAAUGCGAGAGUGCUUUUAUAGAGAAAACUGACCGACUGAUAAGUCAUGAUAAAUAAGUUAUUUCUCCUUUGUAAAAAAAACUUUGAUAUGUUAAUUAUUAAAUGGAUAUGAAUAUAUAUUGUUUUCCAUUCAUAAAA